UGGUGGCUCUCGCUCGCUAUCUGAAGUGAAAGCAACCGAGGGGGAUAACAAGAACGCCUUUCACGACUCCUCCAGUGAAGGCUCGCACAUCUUUUACGGCAGCAUCGGCAACAAUGGACUCGCAGAGAAGCUGGGUGGUGGCUGGCGCCUGCUUCUGGACCAACGUGUUCGGCUUCCCUCUUCUCGGCGCUGCCGGCGUCGUGUACGUCAACAUUCUACAAGCCUUCCACGUGAGCCGGGAGGAAGCCUCGUGGCCCGUCAGCCUCACGUCCACGUUCUACCUUCUCGCAGGUCUUCUUGGAGGAGUCCUGAACCAGUACGUCACCAUCCGGACCAUCUUGGUGAUCUCCUGUACUAUCAGCGCCCUGCUCGUCUCAUCCUGCUACUUCACCACGAGCCUGUGGUUCUUAAUUGUUGUGUUGGGCGUCUUGCAUGGAAUAUUCGUAGGUGGCAUCAGGCUAAACGUGGUGGCUAUCAACAAACACUUCGCCAAAUACUUAUCCAGUGCGUCGGGACUGAACAUGGCCGGUCUUUCUGUGGGAGGAUUCAUCCUGCCGCCGCUGCUUCAGCUUCUGUUCGACCAGUACGGCUUCAGGGGAGCUCUUCUCCUGUGCGGCGGCAUCUCGCUCAACGCUGUCCCUGCGGCUCUCCUUUGCGGUGAGCCGGACAAACCGAAGCCACCGGUGGAACAUAGCGAAACCAGUGAUGAAAGCGGUUUUGGAAAGGUCGAAUUUCCCGAAGAGGAGUCCAUCGCUACUGAUAUGAGCGCGACUUUUUAUCACACGUCUGAUGGUGUGGAUGAGCUGCCGGACAAACCGAUGAACGAGGUUGCAAGGUACAAGCUGCUUUCACCUGUCCUUUCGGAGAAAAGCACUUGUACUUUGGGAUCGAGUUUGAAGGCCUUUCGGGCGAUCGAUUUGAAGAAAGAACCGCCACUUCAGUGCACAGCGCCGAACGAACUUUGCGCUCUUCGCCAAGAUAGCGCAGCCGUGACCGAACACAGCUACGGGUUCAUUUUAAACCCGCACUUUUACCUGGUGACGCUUACUCACCUCGUUGUAUUUUCGAACAUGGUGACGUGCCUUACUGUGAUAAUUGACUUUGCCGUCGAUUGCGGCGUUCCCAAGUGGAACGCGGUGCUCCUGCUGCAAGCGUACUCUGUCGCAGACGUCGUGGCGCGUCUCGGCUCGGGCUGGGUGACGGACAAGAGAUACCUGUCGAGGAGGGCGUGGACCGCCCUGUGUCUGCUCUGCUGGGCUGCGGCGUUGGCGUCGAUGCCACAAGGGCGUUCCUUCGGCACGUUGUUCGCGUGCGCCGUCGUUUCCGGUUGGUGCAACGGUUCCACGUUGUCCAUGGUCCCGGUUCUCUACGCUGAAGUGACCGACGCGCGGCGUUACCCUCUAUGCUUCGGAGCAGGAUCCAGCUUGGUCGGCCUCGCCAACCUGUUUCGACCGUUGUUGAUAGGUCGCUUCCGUGAUAACUUCGGGGGCUAUGGAGGCUUGUUCUACUUGUACGCCGGCUGUACAUGCGUGAUGUUAAUAUUCUGGUUAUUGUUUGAAGUGCGGAAUUGGUACAAAGCACAAAAGAUUUUAGCUUUUUAGAUCAUUGCCAAGUGACCACACAAUUGUCGUAACAGCCUGCAAUGACGCAAAUAGGCACCAGGAAGGCUAAGACAGAAUAUUUCCACUGCAGCCUGUUGGAGGGAGAAUCUUUUAAUUGUAUCACAAUAUGGUCCGCUCCUAAAGCAAACAUCUAAACAGUAAUGAAGCAAACAGAUAACAUCAGCAGUUCUUGAUUUUUAUCCAACGAAAUUUCUCACGUGAACCAUGAGGCACAAAUAUAUAGAUGCAAUAUAACCAGCAGGCCGUUCUGUGAUAUCUUAGUGGCGAUCGAGGGCAAAGUAUUAACUAAGUGUUACCUUGAAGAGCCGGCCAUACUACUGUACUGUACAUUCUUAGAGGUAACGCUGUCUUUCGUAAAACGAUUGCACUUUAUAUAGGAUAACAUCAUUAUUUGUGUAAAUUAUCAGUGCCCUGGCCAAAUUGCUUCCCGCCACUUGAUUUCCUUUCUCGUAUGUUCCGAGGGGAACGAACUAUGUGGGCUUACAUUAGCCAAGAAACUGAAAAUAAAUUGCAAGGUUAUCCCCCA